ACAACGUAACAAGACGGGAAGUAAACCGGAAGCCUUAAAUCGUCCGUUUGUUUGUUUGCUACCGCUGUUUUCUAACCAGAAGCUGUCUGCUACAGGUCGUGUAUGUGUUGCCUCAAGAAUAUCGGCAUUAAUAUGCAGCUGUAGACAACGUUAUCAAAAGAGUUGCUGGUGUAAAAUCUGUGAAGAUGCACAGCCGCCUGCAGGAAUUGAAGAAGGAAGAGGAGACUCUCCUUAAAAUCAAAGUCAUGCUACAAGACCAGCUAAACAGGUUAAAGUUUGAAGAAGGGGCCUUGAAAUCAAUCAUUAAAGCUCAAACAGAGGAAGGAGCAUCAGAAUGCCCAUCCCCGGAAAUUGAGACCAACGUCAACCUUGACGAUGAAAUCAAGAUAAACAGCACCAAGCUGCUUCUGAACACUGCUACAGAUUAUGACAUGAAAGAAGAAGAAGAAGAGGAGGAGGAGGAGGAGGAGGAAGACGAGGAGGACGACGACAAUGAAGAUGGUGACGAGUUCGGUUUUGCACCUGACGGGGAUGAAGAAGAUGAUGACGAUUACUGAGCUACGUUAACGCUUAAUGCGGCCUCAGUGUUUCUACAAUCUAACAGCAUAGAUUUGUUAACCUGUGUACUACUUUUCAUGUGAGAAGUUUUAAUUUAUUGUCAUGCGGUGUGUAGCAGUCGGGUUGAUGUGCGGUGCUAAUUGUAUCCUCUCCUCUCCUCACCUUUUAGAAUCCAUGUUUCCAAUUUAGUGAGCAUUGCCACACCAAAGUAAACCAGUAGGUGCUUGUACUCUACUAGGUGCCGCAAAUGAGACAUUAAAACGUGCCUGUUAGCAUGAAACAGUAUGGCUGGGCCAUAUAGAAAAUGACAUAAGCACAAAAUAAAAAUUUUGUAUUUUUUAUGUUGUAUAUGAAUAUUUUCAUUUACAUGUGUUAUUAUUAUAUGUUAUUUGUAAUUAUGACAAAGAUACAGUAAAUGUUUUUCAGCUGAAAUAAAGUGUACGACAGUU